CCUGGGUGGAUUUGCCAGCUUUUUUUCCAGAUCACCCAAGCGUACAGCUGUUCUUGCUAAAAUGGUGGCCCAUAGACUGCCAACAUCCAGCAAUGUCAGAUGGAACUUUCACAGCCGAGCCGUCAACACUGUGUUUGAGCACAGACAGGAUCUCAUUCAGUGUUUUGAGAACAUACGCGACUCGGGUGACUUUGACCCCAAAACCAUGAGAGAGGCAGGAGGCAUGGCCAUGCUGCUGGAACAUCAGGAUUUUAAGUUCUUUCUGGAACUUUUUCACCACAUCAUGCCACAUGUGGACCUCCUCUAUGCCAAGCUCCAGAAGAAGAACAUAGAUGCAGUCCACAUCAAAGGGAGCAUCCAGCAGUUUGAACAGGACAUACAAAUCAUCAGAAAUUCUCGCCAUUCCAUGGGUGAGCAAAGCAGUGGUUCUCUGACAUCAAAGAGGCGUCGGGUACUCAGUUCAGAGGAUCGUCAAAAUGUUGCAGAAGAGAUCUGCAACACCAUUCUGGGACACACCAGGGAGCGCUUCUCCUUCACCGACCAUCUUGUCUGUGCAACCUUGCUGCAGGGGGACAGGUUUGAGGACCAUCAGGGGGCAUUUCCUGAAGAGACACUACAAAGCACGCUGAAGGCCUACAAAAUGCUGAAUGGAAGCAAACUGAAGACAGAGCUCAGUCUCAUCUACAGCAAAGUAGAGUUCAGAGCCUGUUGUGGUGCAGUGGACCUGUUCCAGCUGUUCAUGGAAAACAAUCUUGAAGAUGUCUUUUCAGAAACUGUCACUCUCUUAAAGAUCCUCAUCACCACACCCAUGACCACAGCUGAAGCAGAGAGGUGCUUCUCAACCUUGAAAAGAGUGAAAACCUUCCUCAGAAACACCAUGACCCAGGAGAGGCUGAAUGCACUGGCCAUGCUCUCCAUGGAAAAGAGACUUGUUUGUGAAAUGACAGAUUUCAAUCAGAAAGUCAUUGAAAAAUUUGCUGGCCUGAAGGAGAGGAGAGCAAAAUUUAUGUUCAAGUAGUUUAUUGUUGUGUUGUAAUCCCCGCCCGCCAGUGCGCCCCCCCAGAUUUUUUUAGCACCAGCCGCCAC